AUGUCUGUGCCUGUGGUUUUGGACGCUGAAGUUCACCCACCGUGGUGGGCAAAGGCAGUCAUUGUCAAUGACUGGAAGCAGCCGUAUAAGGUUUGCUUGCGGACGGACUGCACAGGAGCUGACGCACCAGGGGACGCGUUAAGCCAAGUCGGCGAGCUGCUCCCACUUGGAUGGGACCACCGCUCGGGCUCGGAGCAGGACUGUCGCACAAGGGCAUUCUUGAAGAACCAGGUCACUGUCCUGAAGGAGGAUAUGUGCCACCACAGCUUCAGCAACGACUCGGCAGAUGAGUGCCUGCUUUAUGUUGCUGGGUCGCCGUGCCAAAGCUUCAGUCCCAGGAAUCAUGUUCGGAAAGGCUGGGAAGAUCGCCGAGCAGAGCUGCUGGGAAAGGCGUUGAAACAAGCGGCCAAUGCGGACGUGGCUUUGGUGGAAAACUCGGUGAGCCUGUUGUCAAAAGCAAAUCAGUUCCUCGGCAAGAUUCGGGGAAGAAGCCAUGUACUUGGUUCGUUCCUGACAGUCUGUGGUCAUGACUCCGGCCACAAGCCCUGCUUGCCAGACAGGUCUCACAUGGAGCCGAUGCUGGAAGAACUUCGCCUCGCCGGAUUUCUGGUGCACUGCACUCGCUUCGAUCCUGCUGCCAUGGGGUUCUGCACCAAGAGAGCCCGCAUGUUUGUCUUCAUUGUCAAGAAGGAGAAAUGUCGUUUUCAAGACGAGCGGAGCAUGGGACAAUGGAUAGAGGAGGCGAAGCAACGUGUGCUGGCUGCGCAGCCAGUUCAGGGCAACGUCACAGAU